GGGGAGGAGCGCGCCGCGAGGACGGCCCGGAGACGCGUACGCCUUCGAGCCGUCUCCCCGCCGCACGGCGGCCUCGGCCGCGCUCCGCAAGCCGCCCGGGCUGCCGCCGCCGCCGCCGCGCAGGAGACUUCCUGAGAUUAACAAGCAAUGGAAGAAGCAGGCAGUCAAAUGCUCCCCUGCAAUGAGAAGCAGGUACCAAACUCUGAAGGUGGACAUGUAUGGCAAGUUACGGACAUGAAUCGAUUGCGCCGUUUCUUGUGUUUUGGUUCUGAAGGAGGAACUUACUACAUCAAGGAACAGAAAUUAGGCUUUGAAAAUGCAAGUGCUCUGCUGAGACUUAUUGAAGAUGGCAAAGGCUGUGAAGUGGUACAAGAAAUAAAGACGUUCAGCCAGGAAGGCAGGGCAGCCAAACAGAAGCCUGUAUUGUUUGCACUUGCUAUUUGCUCACAAUGUUCUGAUGCAAAAACAAAACAAGCAGCGUAUAAGGCUGUCCCUGAAGUUUGUCACAUACCGACCCAUCUCUUCACUUUUAUCCAAUUUAAAAAGGAUCUAAAGGAGGGAAUGAAAUGCGGCAUGUGGGGUCGUGCGCUAAGAAAAGCAGUUGCGGAUUGGUACAAUGGCAAGAAUGACAUGGCAAUUGCCUUAGCAGUGACAAAAUAUAAGAAAAGAAAUGGCUGGUGUCACAAAGAUCUCCUCAGGUUGUCACAUUUAAAGCCUGCGAAUGAAGGCCUUGCUGUAGUCACUAAGUAUGUAAUGAAAGGAUGGAAGGAAGUCCAGGAGGCCUAUAAAGAAAACAAGCUUUCUGCUGAGACCGAAAAACUAUUAAAAUACUUGGAAGCAGUGGAGAGGGUGAAGCAUACUGAGGAUGAAUUGGAAGUGAUUCAUUUGAUAGAAGAGUUUAGUUUAGUUAGGGAACACCUCCUGACAAGUCAUUUGCAAUCUAAAGAGGUGUGGAAAGCAUUGUUACAAGAAAUGCCCUUAACAGCAAUGUUGAGGAAUCUAGGAAAGAUGACAGCAAAUUCUGUACUUGCACCAGGAAGCCCAGAGGUAACAAUAGUCUGUGAAAGAUUGAGAAAUGAAAAACUUCUUAAAAAGGCUCGUAUACACCCAUUCCAUAUUUUGGUUGCACUAGAAACCUACAAAGGAGAACGUGGCUAUCGGGGAAAACUCCAGUGGCAACCUGACAAGGAUAUUUUGGAAGCUCUUGAUGCUUCAUUUUACAAGACCUUCAAAACAGUAGAGCCAACAGAGAAGCGUUUCUUACUUGCAAUCGAUGUCAGCGAUUCUAUGUUCCAAAAGGUUUUGGGCAGUGUGCUGAAUGCUAAUACAGUUGCUGCAGCAAUGUGUAUGGUUGUUGCACACACUGAAGAAGAUUCCCAUAUUGUUGCCUUUUCCCAUGAAAUGGUUCCUUGUCCAGUUACAGAGGACAUGACUUUACCUCAAGUAUUACAGAAAAUCUCCGAGAUUCCAAUGGGUGCCACUGAUUGUUCUCUUCCAAUGCUUUGGGCACAAAAGACAGGUGUACCUGUCGAUGUCUUUAUUGUAUUCACAGAUAAUGAGACUUUUGCUGGAGAUAUUCAUCCUGCCACAGCUUUGAGGCAAUAUAGGGAGAGAAUGGGUAUUCCAUCCAAACUGAUAGUUUGUGGAAUGACAUCCAGCAGUUUCACCAUCGCAGACCCAGAUGACAGAGGCAUGUUGGAUAUAUGUGGCUUUGACACAGGAACACCAGAUGUCAUUCGAAACUUCACUUUGGAUUUGAUUUAAAUAUGUGAGCACUUGCUUUACUGAAGCUGUUACCAGCUGAAGACAUUGACCUGGGGCCUACCAGUUGGACUGACUGACUGUACUAACUCAAGGAAAAGUCUAAUGCAUCAAUUGGAAUGUUGUAACAUUUUUAAAGAUGUAAAGAGAGGCAGAGGCAACAUUUCUGGGGAGACUGUUUACACCUGUUGUACAUACUUUAAAAAUAGACAUGGGAAGCCCUCUAGAAAUAGCUAUGGAACACAGUGUAUGCUUUUAACUUUUUUACUAGUUUAUCUAUUGCAAAGUAUUCCAUCACCGUAGUCUUUAUUUUCCAAGAUAGUUCUACUUUGUUACUCCAAGGUUGAGAAGUGAUAACAAUAUUUUACACUGUGUUGAGUUGAUAACUGUUUGCUUGAGUAGUUUUCUUUCAUAGUAUUGAAGGACAACAGGUAUAGUUCACUUUGAUCAAUUGGUUUGCAUUGCUUACAGGAGAUUGAUACCUGGCAUCUUGCAGCUUUCAGUGCAUCUUGGUGAUGCUGUAUCUACAAGUGUUGAUGUAUUUUGGGAUAUUGUCCCAAGGGGAUUUUGCAGAUUGUUGGCCUUCAGCCUUCUAAAAUAUUCCUUGAUUCAAAACAGGUCUUGUAAGAAUUGCUCAAGUUUUUAGUCCUCCAUUAUGAUCACACCAGUUUGUGAAUCUUUUGCGUUGCCUAUGCUGUUCCCUUGCAUGGAAGCUGGGAGGACUCAAGUAUGUUUGUGUGUUUGCACAUGUUAGUAAAGGGACAAUAAGGUAUAUUGUUCACUUUUUUCCUGAAGCCAGGGAACAAUGAAGGAGAAAGGAUAGCAUUCACCAAUAGACAAAAGCUUGCCAGCCUUGCCCUUCUUCCACAUAUUGAGUAAGCAUAUUGGGAAACAAACCUUUAUGCAUUCCUUGUGAUUAGGACACCUUGUCAUGUGCUGUCCCAAUAUUGUGGAGCCAUUAUACCUUGGUCAGCUCCUCUUAUGUAGAGAUUUCUUGCAGACUUCUUUGCUCAGUGCUUGGAUUUCAAGCUUGGAGAUACUAUGUUAGAAGCAGGAGCAGAAGAAUGAUGAUACCGUCUGAAGUGUGAUAACACUGGCGAUAAAGAUUCCAGGUGUAUUGAAUGCAAUUGAUGUCAGAGAGUUAACACAUCUUAGGUACCUCCUGUCAGCAGUGACGUGUGACAAAAUAGUGUUGCAACAAAACCUAAGAAGCACUCGUGGGGUUUUCAGUUCUAUACUGUAUUAUAGAAAAAUACUAUAAGAAAAUUUCCCUGGAAUGCACUAGACCAUGUAACUGUGAGAGGAGUACAAAAGCUACAUAUCCUAUUUUAAGCGAAGGGAAAAAAAGUUAUAGUGAAAUGGUAAUGGAUGGGUUGCAUCCAGUAGGACCCUGUGCCCACCAGAAGUGUUCUUCAGUGAACAGUUGGGGCUGCCAUACAGGGCUGCAGUGCAAGUGGGGAGAAUUGGCUGCAAGUGGGUGGAGGGAGCUUGCACCGCUAGGAGCUCUGCCGGCGCAAAAUUCUUCCCCCUGUAGAGUGAUUCCUUCCCUAUGCUACAGUUCUGUCUGGCACAGUUUAGAAGGGCCCCUUCACAGUUUAGAAGGGCAGGAGGGGAAGAGAGGAGAAAAAUAGCAGCUGUGCAAACUGCUGUGUUUGUGCAAUCACUAGCUACAAGUCACCAGCUUUUCUGGAGUACAAUACAUGUGCAAAUAUCAGGAUCUUGCCUUGCACAACCCCCCCUGAAAGGCAUGAGAGCAUGCAAGCACUGUUACCUUUUUGUGCUCCUGUUUCCUUCAAAGAGAUUGUGCAGAAGGUUACCACCUUUGCCUUUAUAAUAAAGAACACCUGUACUGAUCAGUUCAACAGGUAGAGAGCAAAGCAAACACUACAUAUUAGACUCUUUAGCUAUGCCAUAUAAUUCAAGGAAACCUCCUUUCUAAUGGUGUAGUCAUCGUUUUGAUUAUUUUGACAAAAUUAUUUCAAGUAGUUUUUUGGAACAUCCUUCUCAGUGCAAGCAGUGAUCCCUUUUUGAAAACCAAGCACAGUGUAAAAAAGAAAUUACAGAGUGUACUUUGCUAGUACUGUACCUUCUGUAGGAAUCUGCUUGUGUGAGGCUCAUCCUGGUAACAUCUUGCUUUAGACAUAAGUGACCAAGAUUGCAGUAACUGCUUGCUCUUAUCCCAGUCAAGAGAUUUUGCACUGCAUUCUGCAUAAGAAGUGUCUACUGUAGGUGCUUGCAUUUUUUCACAACUCCAGAACAAUGCAGUGUGCUUGCAAAGUUUUUAAGAAAUGCUAAAAUUUGCUAGAAGAACAUCUUUAGCCUCUUUUGAUACUAGUACCUAACCAGCUGGAAUCUGCAGUUAUUCAGGGUGUGCAUUUUAAAAUCAGAGAGUAUGUAAAUAGUGAAAUGUACUUAAUAUACUGAUACGGUGUUUGAUUGGAAUACUAUUUAAUAGAAUUUUGAUCAAAAAGGUGUGUGGUUGGUUGGUUAACACCCUUAGAUAUAGUACUAUUGGGUGAAAUCUCACUGCCAAUGGAAGUCUUCCAGCAACAGAGCAGGGAGAGGGUGAUUCUCAAAGGGCUUGGGGGAUGCAGGGAGAAGUUACAGGAGGGGAACAGUCUGUUGCUUGAGCAGGAUUGCACUUGUGCUGUGUUGUGGAUGUAUCCCAGUAUAAGCACUUAAACUGCAAAAGUCAGGCACUGUCUUGGCAAAGGCCUAACUUGAUUUCUUCAAAAUAAUGAUUUCAAUUCAGUACAAUUCAAAUAGGUGUGGACUGUUCCUGUUAGUGCAGAGAGUGUAGUUACUUUUCUGCCCUCUGCAGAAACAGCAAGUGAUCAAAAGCAUCUAUGCUGAAAUCAUGCCCUUUGAAGAACUUGUGGCUGCAUGAAACUCUGUUACGUGAGCUCUAUUAAAAUGUAUGAAAAUGUAUGAAAAUGUUUCUGCAGUGCCAGCCUGAUUUUCCAGUAACUCGGGUGAUACUUGUUCUCAGUUAACUUUCUUGCAUAUUUUCUGAGAUGAUUCUUCAGGCAUUUCCUACUUAACUAUAAAAAAUAAACAGUAUUCUGGUUCUUCUUA